AUGAGGCGGGAAGAGGAGGAAGAAGAGGGAACCAGGAUGAAGGCAAAAGGAGACCUUGAGAUGAAGGAGGAAGAGGCAAUCAGUGAGAAGGGAGAACCGGUUGGCCCUUUCGCGAGCGCCAUGCCCACCUCUCUGCCGCACAACAAGGGGUCCCGGUUUUCCGAGGUUUGGGAAUAUUUCCACCUGGCCCCUGUUCGUGCUGGCCACCACCCCAACCAAUAUGCCACCUGCCGCCUGUGUGGCAGGCAGGUGAGCCGCGGCCCGGGGGUUAACGUGGGCACCACAGCCUUGUGGAAACAUCUGAAGAGCAUGCAUAGAGAGGAGCUGGAGAAGACUGGCCAUGGUCAGGUGGGGCAGCGCAAGGACUCCAGGUCCCAGGGGCCCCAGCUCCCCAUGGGUAUCGAGGGCGAAUGGGCCCGGCUCCUGGAGCAGCUGGGGACCCUGGCUUUGUGGGCCAGCCAAAGGGAAAAGGAGGUGCUUAGGAGGGAGAGGGCAGUGGAAUGGCGGGAGAGAGCAGUGGAAAGGAGAGAGCGAGCCCUGGAGGAGGUAGAAAGGGCCAUCCUGGAGAUGAAGUGGAAGGUGAGAGCUGAGAAGGAAGCCUGUCGGAGGGAGCAAGAGCAGCCUGCAGCAGCUCAUCCUUUCCAUUUUGUUUAA